AUGCAGCGCCUUGACUUUACCCACCGCAUCAGAUGCGAGCUGCAGCACCUAGAAAGAACGGCGCAGGUGGUAUUGCACACGAUCUGCUUCCACAGAUUUCUGGGCACUGUCAAGCCAGCAUACGUCGAUGCGUUUGGGAUGACGUUUCCAGCGAUAGCCGACGCUCAGCUAGACCAACUCAUUCGACAACGUACAUCGCAGCUCAUGGCUACAACUACAUCGACCAAGACAGCUAGCCUUACCGUGUACUUGCUCCAUCCCUCGAGCCAAAUACCUUCGGCGAUGCAGUCAGGCCGCAAAGAUGCACCUGCACCUAAAAAUACGACAAGCAAGGAUGUCACAGAUAGAGCGUUGGGUGUGGUGCACACGGCGACACAUGCGGCCUCGUCACUGCGCGCGUGGGCGUCGCCUCGUAACUACCAAUAUGGUUGGCUCGCACACGCUUUCUCCUCUGGCGCUGGACAGCCAAGUGGCGCAUCAGUUGCUUGCCAGCCUGUACAGGCUCAAGACGAUCUCGUUCAGGCUGAUUUCGCAAGCCUUGACGAGGAAGCUUUUGAACGGUGGACCAUCACGUUUGAGCUCAAGCAGUCUGGAGGGGAUGCAGAAUCGAUGGAACGGGAGCUGGCAGGGUUUGUGGAUCAAGUCUUGCGUUUUGUUGGGAACAACAAGGCGCAUCUACCAGGCGUCACUAGUGCUCAACUUUGUCCUUAUCCUGUCCAGGUAGUUGUGCGGGGAGCUGAGUCAUAG